UUAUUAUAAUUUUAAAAUUUCUAAUAAAAUUAAUUAUUGUUCUUAUGAGUAUUAUUGAUACAAAAAUAUUAGCUUUUCAAAUAAUUGAUCUUUACAGAAAAUCCUAACUAUUGGAAUCUAAAAUCUAAAAUAAUAGAUGAUAUGAAAUCAGAGAAUAAGUUAGUAAAAAGUCCAAAGUUUUUGAAAAAAUUGAAAAUGUAGGAAAUCCCUAACAGGCAUCCAAUGAAAAGAGAGUGCGAGUUCAGUGACUUAGCCAAAAUAGUUGAGAUGGAGGGAAGUUCUGCAUGUAUUGAUGAAUGAAUGAGCUUUGUUACAGAAUUGCGGAUAAGGUUGAGGAUUGUACGGUUACAGCCAAUAGUCCCUUACCACCUCUCCAAAUCAAGAUGCAGAUGCAGUUGCAGUUGCAGCUUUUAGAAAAAGAUAACAAAAUAAAAGCAAAGGAGAGUUUUGUUAAUUGAAAAUGUUACCAUUACUUUGAUCAUUUCCAGCUUAAUUAAUGAUUUAUUAUUAUUUAUGUGAAGUAAUGGAGAUUCAUCCUCUUCUUUUCUGGACCAAACAAUAAUACAAUGUGUACACAGAUUUUCUGCUUUUGUUGGCUUUUUUCUGCCACCCCAUGUCUUGAUAAAAAUAAUAAUGUACCAUUCUCUGAUUCUGGACUCGGAUUUUCAAGGCUUCUUCCUUUGUACCGGAUGGUAUUUAACAUGGGUUAAUCACAUUUACCAUUUGUAAGUAUUUGUUUUUUGAAAAGUUGUAGUUCCUUUUGGGUGUAUAUUGAAACAAAAGCAAGGUAGAUUCCUGAUGUUAUUCCCUUACACCUUUCUGCCUUUUGAUUCCCAAGACGAGAAAAAAGUUCAUUUUAUCUCAUUACACCUUUAGGUGGAGAAGUCUCAUCACUUAUCCGUUUCUAUAUAUACUGAAAAAGCUAACUUUCGCAUCACUGCUCAUUGCUCAAUCUUCUUACACUCCUUUCUGCGUUUCACAAACAUCUCAUCCUUCUACGGGUGGCACUGUGGCAGAGCUAACAACAAUGGCAGAUCUAGGUGUUUUUCUGAAUCAAAGGGCUGCUGCUGCUGCUGGAGGAGCAAUGGGGAACAAAGAUUUUGAUGAAGAUGUGUGGAGUGUGGACUACGAGAAAAAUGAUUCUGCCCAAAAUACCACAAGGGCAUGCAAGGAAUCUUGUGGUUCUUCUUCUGCAUGGCGUUUACCUGCUGCCACAAGAAAGAUUCCAAGGGCUAGUUCCAACACCCCACCUUCUUCUGAUGCUCCAUUGUUGAAAGUUUCCUCAGAGCCCAUGGAUAUCCCUGACUGGUCUAAAAUUUAUGGGAAGAGUUGCAAGAAAGGGUCAAGGGAUGAUGGUUCAUGCAGCAAAGGUGGUGAUGAUGAUGAGGAUGAUGACAUGGUUCCUCCACAUGAAUGGAUUGCAAGAAAGCUUGCAAGAAGCCAGAUUUCUUCUUUCUCUGUGUGUGAAGGGAUGGGGAGGACUCUGAAAGGGAGAGAUCUUAGCAAGGUGAGGAAUGCUAUUUUGGCCAAAACUGGCUUCAUAGAGUAGUUCUUAGUGAAGUUGUCACCACAGUCUUCAACCAUGUCAUGUCUCAUCAUAUAAGCUUCACCAAAUCUUCUAUCAUUGUUAGAUUAAGUUACCAUGCAAUCGUUUUCUUUUUCUUUUGUUUUCAUCAUUCUCAGUAUUAAAUACUUUAUUGGUACGGAAUAGGGUGUCCUUUUCUGCAAGAAACUUGAAAUGGAACCCCUCUACAUGAAGCCAGAGCUGCCUUGUUUUGGAUCUGUUUUUUGUUCUAAAGUUUUCUGGGAAAAGAAGGAUUUAUAGGGAAAGCAAAAUAAUGAGUGGAAGUGAGCAGUGGCAGCCUCUGAAAGUUUUGUGUGGAUUUUUAAUGAGUUUUUGGUUUGAGGCUAAUGUGGGAUACACCUUAUAAAUGGAAGAGUUCUUAUUUCUUCAUUCUGAGAUUCAUAAUUAUAUAUGUUUUAGACUCAACUAUUCUAAUGUAAUAGUCUUUUCCAACUAAAGUUCACACAGUAAAUAGUGAGAUUUUGAAAUUCAGGAAUCACAAAAAUUGACAUCUAAAAAUUCAGGAAANGGGCACANAUUACAUACCUUUUUCUAUUAUUUUAAUUCUUUCAACCAAUACAUUAUACUGAGUUUUAAAUUUCUAAGUUAGGAUACUUUUCGAACAAAGUUAAAAGUUAAAACAAAAAUAUGAAUA